AUGAGCCUGUCGGGAAGUUUUGUUGGGGGUGCCUAUCACGACUUGUCAGUGAGUUCCAAGAUGCUGAUAACAUCAGUUCUACUGAUUGCACUUCAGUCUACGAUUGUUCUGAGUAGUUCCUUAUCGCGAUGCAGCGUUCAAUUCUCGGAAGGCAGCAGCAGCGGAGUUGGCGUUCUAAACACCACGUUCAACAAUGUGCCCUACUGUGAAUAUCUGGGAGUGCGAUACGGAGAAGCUGGACGAUUCCAGGAUUCCUCUGUGUACACUCCGAAGGGAUUGGAGAACUACACCAAGUAUCGAAGCGUUUGUGCCCAGCUGGACGAUAUGAACCGCCCUAUUGUGGUAAUUGGUGAAGAGGACUGCUUUUUCGUGAACAUUUUUUCUCCAGAGAUCAAGUUCAGGGAAGAUGGAACAAGGAAGCUACUACCGGUGUUGGUGUUUAUUCACGGAGGUGGAUUCACGAUCGGAUCCGCCUCAUUUGACGUCGCUGGGGUUGAUUUGCUCAUGGAACAGGAAAUCGUCGUAGUCAGCAUCAACUACCGUUUGGACGUCCUGGGCUUUCUUCACUACCCAAAACUAAACAUAACCGGCAACUACGGCUUGAAAGACCAACAAACUGCGCUUCGCUGGAUCAACCGGUACAUCGAGUCCUUCGGCGGUGAUCCGUCCAAGCUCACGCUGAUGGGACAAAGUGCCGGUGCCGCAUCCGUCAACUACCACAUGUACUCGGACCAGUCCCGAGGACUCUUCCAGCAAGCUGCCCUUCUCAGCGGUUCGUUCCUCGCCCCAUGGGCGUUCUCCCACGACCCCGAACCACGCGUCGAAAAAUACUUCGAAUACCUCGGCUUGCCAGAACCCACCCGCGAAGACCUCCUCAAUCGCGACUUCCAACAGUUCUUCUUCCUCAACGAUACCAGCCGUUGGCUGGCGGUCGUGUUCAACACGAUCGCCUUCCCCUGGUUCGUCCCAACCACGGACAGCAGCUCCGAUCCGAAUCCCUUCAUGACGUUGACGCCCUACGAGAUGCUCGUCCGGAAGCCGAUCCUGGACGUGCCUCUGCUUGUGGGACACACGCUGACCGAGUUUGAACUGCACCUGGGUUACGUCAAGUUCUACUACUCUGACUUUGCGAGCUAUCCGAAUGGGAAGAACGAAACGCUCACGGUCAUGCUCGACGCAAUCGUGCAUGCCAUGGCGAACUACUCGGCCGAUAUGGGAAUUACCAGGGAUAGGUCGGAGUUCUUUCAGAAGUUGGGAAACAUAGCGGACAUGGUCUUUCCAGUUGAGUACUUUUUGGAGAAGGUUAUUGAUCGAGGGCAAACGGCGCCAAUUUUUGUGUAUCGAUUUGAUUUCGAUGGAAAGUUUGGGAUGUACAAGCACGACAUGUUUAAGAACGCCAUGAAGAAUGCCAGCUAUGGAGCGAUUCAUGGGGAUGACCUGGGCUACAUCUUCACGCCGUACAAUGCGAGGGAGGCUUUGAAGAGGAGGGAUGACUUCAAGGAGGAGUGGAAGAUCCACCGCGAAAUGGUUGAGCUGGUCUCAAAUUUUGUUAAAAAUGGAAAUCCAUCAUCCUCAGAGUUGAAAUGGAAUAGCUACAACAAGCAAAUGAAUAACAACAAUUACUUAAAAAUUGCUGAAACAUUUCAUAUGGAAAAUGGUCCAAUGUCCGAUCCACUAUACUACGACUUUUGGAAAACACUACAUGAUUGCUUGUACUAUUUUGAAUGUUCUACAAUUCAGGAGACGUUGAAUACUAUAUCUUAGUCAGAGCAAUCAAUCUGUUGAUGUU